AAGAAAUUUGAACCCUCGUGCACGGUCAUACCAAACAGUUUUGUGCAAGCAUUUAGACUGCAACAAUCAUUCCAUUUGGAUUAGCAAACCAGUCAGAAAAAGAUAUCACUUUAUUUGGGACUUUCAAGAGAAACAGCUAAACCAACAAUAAUAUGGGAAAAGAAAACCUUUGGCUGCUGGUUAUUUGGAUAUAUUUUGUUAAAACGUGUGCAAGUUUUUCAACCACCACUGAACCAACAUUAUUCAGCAACACAACCGACUGGAUUUUAGACUACAAUGACAUCGAAUCCAAGUUCUCACUGAGAACAGCAGAGAUUCCAGACGACGAUCUUUGCUACAUUGUGCCUGGACAGCCAGAAACCAUAUCACAGUGUGAAUUCAACCUGCAGACACAGACCUUUGUGAUAAUUCACGGAUGGACGGUGACAGGGAUGUUUGAGAGCUGGGUCCCCAAGCUGGUGUCAGCACUGUAUGAGCGAGAGCCCAGUGCUAAUGUCAUCGUGGUAGACUGGCUGACACGGGCUCAACAGCACUACCCCAUCUCUGCUGCCUACACCAAGCUGGUGGGUCGUGAUGUGGCAAAGUUUGUCAAAUGGUUAGAGACAGAGCUACAAUACCCAUGGGAGAGGAUUCACCUUCUGGGCUACAGUCUUGGAGCCCAUGUGGCUGGCAUUGCAGGGCUCCUGACAGACCACAAAAUCAACAGAAUCACAGGUCUGGAUCCUGCUGGCCCCAGCUUUGAGUAUGCAGAUGAGCAGAGCACCUUGUCUCCUGAUGACGCCAACUUUGUGGACGUCCUGCACACCAACACCAGAGGGUCCCCGGACCGCAGCAUUGGGAUCCAGAGGCCCGUGGGCCAUGUGGACAUCUACCCCAACGGGGGAACAUUCCAGCCGGGCUGUGAAUUCCAGAGCACCAUGAUGAUGAUCGCGACCACUGGCUUACAAAACAUGGAUCAGAUCGUGAAGUGCUCCCAUGAGCGCUCCAUCCACCUGUUCAUCGACUCGCUGGUGAACGAGCAGCAUCAGAGCCUGGCGUACCGCUGCAGCUCCAAGGAAGCCUUCAAUAAGGGCCUGUGCCUGAGCUGCCGCAAGAACCGAUGCAACAAGCUGGGCUACGAGGUGAACAAGAUCCGCUCCCGUCGGAGCUCCAAGAUGUACCUCAAGACCCGAGAGAUGAUGCCAUACAAAGUUUUCCACUACCAGCUGAAAGUGCACUUCUUCAGUAAGGACAAGCUGAGCUUCACAGAGCAGCCCAUAAAGGUGUCCCUCUACGGAACCCACAGCGAAAAGGAAGACAUCUCUGUCACUUUGCCCCAGCUGACCGCCAAUACCACCAUCUCCUUCCUGCUGACCACUGAUGUGGACAUUGGUGAGCUGCUGAUGGUGAAGAUGCGAUGGGAAAAAGACUCCUACUUCAGCCUGUCUGAUUGGUGGGGGAACAACAAAUUUAACAUCCGUAAGCUGCGUGUCAAAGUAGGGGAGACCCAGGCCAAGGUGAUUUUCAGUGCCAAAGAAGGGGAGUUUGAGUACCUUGUGAGAGGAGGGAAUGAAGCAGUCUUCGUGAAAUCCAAAGAGGAUCAAAGUAGCCGAAAAGAGGAGAGGCUACACAAACGCAAGAUGAACGGGAGCCUCUUCAAGCAGAACACAAAGUGAACCUGCCUCUGAUUGCAAAAUGUGAACAAAGAAAACAAAUACCAAGGGGUGGUUAUGCAAUGACAUCUGUCUGUGUACUGUACAUGUUGUAUCAGUAUUCUGUAAAGUACUUCUCUGUGACUAUUACUUUCCAUGAAAUUUUCAAGCACAGCCUGUCUGUAUUCAGUAAUUUCACAGAUGCUGUUAAAUUGAUUCACGUCCUGGAACUGUGUUAAUUGUGGCUUUGAAAGCAAAGGGCUAAGCAAACAGAUAUGUUGACAGAGAGUCAAGCUGUUAGCUUCUGUACUUGCAGUUUAAAUUGGGAAAGAUUGUGCUUCCCAAGUGUUUGAUAUUUUUCGCUUUUCUCUGUUUUUGCCAUGCUGUAUGUACUCCAUUGUACUUUUUUGUGCCAUUCAUUUUUCACCAAACACAUAGAUUGCAGUAAUUAAAUGUUUUAUCUUCAGUUUCUGAGAUAACUGAAUUUGUUUCCUGAACUAACAUUAACAUCUCAUGUUACUUGCUGCCAGAAGACAGCUUUACACUAGCUUUAAUUUCACACAAAAAUGAUGACAUUUGCUUUACAUAGGCCAAGUAUCUAGAAGCCUAAAUCUAUAGAAGAAAACCUGUCAAUGUUGCCAAUCCUAGACCUGAACCACUAAUCAUCACAGGGACCAAAGGUAGUCGUUUGUACCUAAUUCUGUUACAAUAAUUGUUCUAUUGUUAGCAUAGAGGUUUAUUAAAUGUUUAUUGCCAUUGCACAAAACUAUGACAUACUGCUUGUUCUAUUUGAAUUUGGCUGUUGUGAUUGGCACAGGUCACUUUAAGGGAUGCAGUCAGUGAAUUAAUAGUCUACUGUGGAACCAACCAGAUCACUGAAUUGAAGUCCUUUUCACUGAAGCUCCUGGUAUUUUGAGGACAGUGGUGGCCACAACUUCAGGAGAUUGUUUAAAUGUUUCCAGAGUUUAAUACUACACAAGACCUUUGCCUUUUCCACAGCUGGUCUGAACUGUUUAGCUGUUUAGGCACGCCUUUUUGAUUUUCACUGAGAGGUCAAACUAAUGUUCCAUGAAAGGCAAAGAAACUGGUCAAGACCUGGGUGGACUGCUUUGCAUAAUAGCCAUCAUGUAUCUGAAGACUUCAUAUUCUAUUUAUUGAAUGUAUAUAUCUGUAUAUUAAGCUGUAAUAUAUUGUGGCAGGUUUCUGAUACUGUCAUUUUUGUUUUAUUUUAAACAUUGCAAUGCUUAUGUUUUUUAAUGAGCUUUUUGAUGAAAGUGUACAGCCUGAGUAGACUGGUCUUUGUGCUGUGCAAGUGCAUUUAUAAUUUUGAUUCAAUGUGUAGUGUUCUGUAUGAAAAACAUGAAAUUGUAAUAAACUGCUUACACAUUA